GACUCGUUUCUUUGUCUGCAUCGGAUCUCUCAGAUUUCCGGAUCGUAGCCAUGAGCAGUGAAGGUUCCGCCGGAAAGGCGGUUGUUGAAGCGAAAGGAUUGAACCCGGGAUUGAUAGUGUUGCUUGUUAUUGGAGGCCUGCUUGUGACAUUCUUGAUAGCCAAUUACGUGAUGUACAUGUAUGCUCAGAAGAAUCUACCCCCAAAGAAGAAGAAGCCUCUUUCCAAAAAGAAGCUCAAGCGUGAGAAGCUGAAGCAGGGAGUCCCCGUGCCCGGCGAAUAGAUUUCAGCUUCUUGCCCUUACUUCAACCGUGUCGGUACCAGUUUUCUUUUUUCUUGUAAUGACAAUGUCAAGGAGACUUUUGUAUGGAGAGUAGAAAGGACACCCUUGUUCUGUUUUGGUUAGACUACAAAAUUUGAAUCUCAUCAACUUUUGUUUUCGCUUCACAUAUUUGGUUGCAGUUGUAGAGUCUAUCAUGUUCACUUAACUU